UUUAUUUUUAUUUUUUUUUCUUCUUCUUAUCUUUAUAACCCUACAUAUACUUUUAUAUACAUUUAUAUAUAUUUUAAUAUGAAAGUUUUUGCUUUAUCAGCUAUUGUAGCUACAUUACUUGCUACUGUUUCUGAGGCUGCUAUUUCUAGGAUUCCCAUUAAAAAAAUUCAAGAAUCACCUUCUGAAAAAUUUCAACGAUAUGCUAAUACCGGUGAAUAUUUAACUCAAAAAUAUUUUGGUUCUCAACGUCAACAAAAUAAUGUUCUUCCUUUCCAAGCUAAGCCUGAUGGAAGCGUAGAACAUGGUGUUCCUAUUUCAAAUUAUAUGAAUGCUCAGUAUUACGGUGACAUCCAAAUUGGUACUCCUCCCCAAACCUUUUCUGUUGUAUUUGAUACAGGCUCUUCAAACCUUUGGGUCCCUUCAACUCAUUGUAAAUCAAUUGCUUGUUUUAUGCAUCGUCGUUAUGACUCUUCUCAAUCAAGUACGUUUGCUGAAAAUGGUACCGAGUUUUCUAUUCAAUAUGGUACAGGCUCUUUGGAAGGCUUCAUUAGUCAGGAUACACUUCGUGUAGGUGGAAUUAAGAUAGAGGAUCAAGGCUUUGCAGAGUCUGUAAAGGAGCCCGGCUUCACUUUUGCCUUGGCUCGUUUUGAUGGUAUCUUUGGUCUUGGUUAUGAUACCAUCUCUGUUCAACAUACAGUCCCCCCUUUCUAUCAUAUGGUCAACAGAGAUUUGGUAGAUGAACAACUCUUUUCAUUUUGGUUGAAUGAUGUUAAUAAAGGGGGUGAGGAAGAGGGUGGUGAACUUGUCUUUGGUGGUGUUAAUCCUGAUCAUUAUAAGGGCAACAUUACUUGGGCCCCUAUUAGAAGAAAAGGUUACUGGGAAAUUGAAUUGGAAAAUAUUAAGUUUGGUGAUGAAUACAUCGAUUUAGAUCCUGUCGGUGCUGCUAUCGAUACAGGUUCUUCACUUCUAAUUGCUCCUACUACAAUUGCUGAUUUGAUUAACCAUGAAUUGGGUGCUAAAAAGAACUGGGCUGGUCAAUAUAUCCUUGAUUGCUCAAAUGUUCCUUCCCUCCCCGAAUUUUGUUUCGUCUUUGCUGGCAAGGAUUUCUGUUUACAGGGUAAGGACUAUGUUCUUCAAGUACAAAAUCAAUGUAUUUCUGGUUUUAUGGGUAUGGAUAUUCCUGAACCCGCUGGUCCUCUUUGGAUUGUAGGCGAUGUUUUCCUUCGCAAGUUUUAUAGUAUUUAUGAUCUUGGUAACAACAGAGUAGGUUUAGCUGAAUCCAAGUAAACUAAAACAAUCUACAUAUCAAAUAAAGUCUAUUUUUGUUUUUUUUUUAACAUUUCUCUUC